AUGAGCCGUAGAGUGGCCAGCAGUCCAUUCACGAUCUCUCGUUUUGGUCUUCCACGUAGUCUCAUCUUUGCCAGACGUUUUCUGAAACUAUUUGCAGCUGUCGGACUCUUCACAACGACCAUCUUUGAAAUCAGAGCUUGCGAUGGAUUCUCCAUGAUGCCCACGAUCAACUGGAAAGGCGAUUGGGUCUUGACAUCGCCUAUACCUUACUGGUCACCGUCAUGGCUCCCAUUCAAAAAGCAGAUUUCGAGAGGUGAUGUGGUCUUUGCAGCUAGUCCGACGGACCCACGAGCAACUGUCUGUAAGCGAGUCAUUGGGAUCGCGGGCGAUAUCAUCGAGGUGGAUCCCAGACGUGGAGAGGGGUUAGCGAGAAAGAAAAGAAUGGAGGACAGGACGUGGGUAACGAUACCGAAAGGUCAGGUCUGGCUAGCUGGAGACAAUACGAGCAAUUCGACGGAUUCAAGAGAUUAUGGACCCGUACCUCUGGCUAUGGUUCAUGGACAAGUACUGGCGAGAGUGAGUCGUCAGACCAAAGUCUACCGAUAA